GUAGCUUUCGAUCUUUCAAAACAUCAAUAAGGAAAAAUGGCAUCGGCGAUUGCACUAAGGAGAACAGCAUCUUCUACUCUGAUCUCGAAGCUCAUAAACCCUGUUCGCUCUGCUGCCGUGGCUCCCUCUGUAUCUCGUUUCUUCAGCACCGAAACCCAGGUCACAAACAUCGGAGGUGAUGAUCUUGAUACCGUCGACGUGGAUCGCCGCUCCACAGGUCGCAGCGUCUCUCGCCGCCGCGAUAUGUCUCCUGGUUUCUUCCCAGAUUUGGUGGACCCAUUUUCGCCAACAAGAACUCUAAGCCAAGUCUUCAAUUUAAUGGACCAGUUAAUGGAUUUUCCCCUGUCACGCGGCAUAGGAGCUGGCGGUGUUCCACGGCGAGGGUGGGAUGUGAAAGAGGAUAAUGAUGCUCUUUUACUACGAUUCGACAUGCCUGGACUAGGCAAAGAAGAUGUGAAAGUUUGCGUAGAGCAAAACACUUUGAUUAUAAAAGGCGAAGGACCUAAAGAAAAUGAAGAAGAAGAAGAAGAAGAAGGAGAAAGUGGAAGGAGAUAUUCUAGCAGACUGGACUUGCCACCAAAUCUGUAUAAACUUCAGGACAUUAAAGCUGAAAUGAAGAAUGGUGUUUUGAAGGUUGUGGUGCCUAAAGUGAAGGAGGAAGAGAGAAGGGAUGUUCAUGAGGUUAAGAUCCAGUGAUCAAUGAGGUUUUUAAUUUUUUAUUAUCAUAGUUUUUCUGUACUAAUAAAUUAAUAAUAAAAAUAGCUGAAAAAAAGGAUUUUAUGUUUUAGUUAAGUGGAACCUGAGACUGUAAUCAGAGAAUAAAAUUUUGGUUUAGUCUU